AUGAACCAAAAUUCUGAAUAUGUGAAUCUACCCCCGACUUCAAACGGUCCAGUCCCUGCAAUUCACUCCACAGAUUUGUUUGAUUGCUAUAAUGGAGUUACUUCAGAAAAAUAUGGUCAUUGUGACUCUGUUCUCAAGCACAUAAACCAGGUGUUAAUGGAAGAUGACAUGGAAGACGAGGCCUGCAUGGUUGAGGACUCCACUCUUCAUGCCGCUGAGGAAUACUACUAUAAAAUACUUAAUGAAAGACAUCCUUCCUCGCCCAAUCCGGGGAUGCCUUGUGAAGAAAAACCUAGCCGUAGCAGCAGUUGUGGUGGCAGCUCUGCUGAUGCUAACAACCCAGUUGAAUCUGCUGUAGUUGGUCCUCCUUGUAUGCAUUGUACUUAUGUUGACCAUGCAUUUCAGACUAAUUCCCCGUCCUCCUCCUCCAGGAGCUUCUCCUCUCAUAGCGUUGCUGAUCUGGUAUUUUUUGCCUACACUUCUGAUGGUGACUUGCCAACUGAGGCAAGUGGGAAGUGGCAGCAAUAUGAGCGAGCAAAAGGAUACUAUGAUAAAAUCACCUACACUAAGAAAGGGGUUAGUAAAAGGAAAGCGGUUGAGAUGAGGAAACUCCUAAUACAAUGUAUGCAAUCUGUGGCAGGCGGCAAUGAUCAGAUGACAGCAACUAAACUACUGAAGCAAAUAAGGUUGCGUUCAUCCCCUCAGGGUGAUGAAUCAGAAAGGUUAGCCCACUACUUCGCUAAUGGUCUUGAGGCACGCUUGAUCAAUUCUAAGAUCCCAGAAUAUAGACCCUUUUAUAUGAAGGGCAUAGUGGAAUCUGAUGUUUGGGAAGCUCUUAAUUUGUACGUUUCAGCAUUCCCUUUUGCGGGGAUAUCGUAUUUCGUUGCAACCCAAAUGUUAAUGGAAUUGGCCAAGAAAGCUUCUAGUCUUCACAUUAUUCAUUUUGGUAUUACAUAUGGUUCCCAAGGCCUCUACUUAUUCAGUGUCUAUCUAAAAGACCUGGUGGUCCUCCCAAGCUUCGCAUCACGGCAAUAGACCUUCCCCAAAUUGGUUUCCGAUUUGAUGCAAGGGUUAAGGAGGCAGGUCGACGUUUAGCAACUUAUUGUGAAAAAUUCAAGGUUCCAUUCGAGUAUAAUGGCUUUGAUAAAGAAUGGGAAACUGUUCGUGUUGAGGAUCUCAGGAUUCAGGAGGAGGAGAUGCUUGUUGUGAUCUGUUUGAACCGAUCAAAGACUUGCUUGAUGACACGAUUAUGGAGCACAGUCCAAGGGAUACGUUUUUAAACUUAACUAGCAGGAUUAAUCCAGAUAUUUUUAUACAUGGAAUAAUUAAUGGGACCUACAAUUCUCCAUUUUUUGUGUCACGGUUCCGUGAAGCUCUCUUCCAUUUCUCUGCAUGGUUUGAUAUGGUGGAUGCUAUUGUGCCGCGAGAUAAUCAGGAUAGAAUUGUGCUUGAGAGGGACAUAUGGGGGCAGGAAAUUAAGAAUAUCAUAGCAUGUGAAGGGUUAGACAGGGUCGCAGGGCCAGAGACAUACAAGCAGUGGGAGAUUCGCACAAUCAGAGCUGGGUUCAGGCAGCUGCCUUUGAAUCAGGAGAUCCUUAAAGAAGGGCGGGCUAAGGUCAAAUCAUCCUACCAUAAUAAAGACUUUCUUGUGGACGAGGUCAACCAGUGGAUUGUUAAUGGGUGGAAGGGGCGAGUUUUCUUUGCCAUCUCAUCUUGGAAACUUGCUUAGUUGGGUACCUAUUGUACAGGUCUUAGUAACAAGCUUCUGCCUCUGCCUCUGUAGUGCUGGAUGAACAAUAUAAUUUUUUUUAUUAGGAUAAGCUAAUCAAAAAAGUAGUUGCUUUAUUUUGAUUUCA